UACAUAGGUCGCUAGGUAGCAUUGCGACCUAGGUAGAAUUGCGACCUGCGACCUAGCGAUCUGCAGCGCCAAACUAAAUGUCUUUCUCGGUUUUGAUUCACAUGAGUUGGCGCUGUAGGUCAUAUUCUGCAAGUAAGCAUGCACUUCAAGGAUACUUUGAUUGUCUUCGCGCCGAGCACAAGAACCUGCACAUUUUGGUGGUCUCCGCUGGAUACAUCAACACCGGUUUUGGAUCGAGAGCUUUGAACACCGAUGGGAAAGUUGUUGGGGUAGAGGAUGAAAACCAAAAGAAAGGAUAUUCACCGGAACACUCUGCACGCAUGAUUUCCGAUGCAAUCCGUGAUCGAGUGUCGGACUUUGACAUGGCUCCAUUUGGUGCUCGCUUUGCAGUUUUCCUCAGAUAUUUCUGGCCAACUCUUCUUAAUUAUGCCUUGUACACUUGUGGCACUAAAGACCAAUGGGCGCCGAAGAAUAAGAAGGAGUAAUUAAAACUAAAUGUGAUCUAAUUCCUGACACAACUGUUAUUAGAUGUUCAUUCUCCGAAUGUUCUUUAGCUAAAAUUUUGGUAUUAGUGUUGUGAGAUGGGCUGGGAAACAAUCCCAUCUCCCAAAUUAGUGACCUUUUGAGGAUGGCUCCAUGACUCUAUCAUGAUCGCCAUACCUCAAAACCUCUAAUACAAUUCCAUUCACCCGCGUUUCCCCCGUUAACUCGUCUCCAGUACGCUUCCUUAUUGGAAUCCCAUCCAAAUGGUCUUGCCGCGCCCUUAAAGGCGCAGCUCCCCCUUUCGUAUAAUUAUCCCUGGCCUAAAAUGUAAGCCGCUCCGCUCACUCAAGUCACUCAAGUCACUCAAGUCGUUCAACACGUUCACCAACGGUCCACCACAACAUCUGGCUCCACACAUUCCACCAUCAAUGUCGGCCUCGUUGGAUGUCGGCCGCUCCACUGUGAGCGGUCGUCUCUGGACCUACUGACCCUAAUUACUUGUUAUUCUAUGAGCAAUAAAGGGGUUUUGUGGCAAA